AUUCCCCUUCCCUUUCACCAAAUGCCUCAACUCUUCUUCUCAAUUCAAACCCUUGUAAUAUAAACCUUUAUUAUAAAAUAGUACUAGUUUUUCAAUGAUCCUCCUAGUGUGAGAAGUAUUUUUUGGGGUUCCCCGAAAGGGAAACCUCUCUCCAUCUUUAAGUCAUUUGAGAGAAAAGAAAAGAAGAUCUACGAAGAAAUUUCCAUGUCUAAAGCUACUAGAACUUUUCUUCAUCUAUGGCUAAAGCUACUAGAAACUUUUCUUAUCCUGUUCGCAAAAGCUCUCGUAUUAAGAACAAAACUCCUUGCAAAAUGGAUCCUGUUCACAUUAAUUCAAACAACUCAGCUCACACUCUACCGAUCAUGACCUCUCAGAGGGUGGAGAUUCUUUGUCUAAAGAACAAUUUGGUAAGCGUCCUAUUUCUCACUUUGACUAUCCUGAUUCCCCUAAGAAAGUGAAAAUUGAUCCUGAUAGCUUUGAUGAAACUAGGGUAAAUAUUUGGGAAACCAAAAAACUUUAGUCUGUUUAUUGCCCUCAAAAACAAAUCUGUGAACCCUGAUCGCAUUUUCGAUCUUAAUCUGCUUGAAUCUCUCCACUGCAACAUGAAGCCUUAUGUUUACUCUCAAGUUGAAGUAACAUCUUCCAUGGUCCUGCAAAAGGUUAUGAAAGUCUUGUUCACAUGUUUUAUGGAAAUCUUCACUCUUCUCAUCCUAAUGAACUUGAAUCUCUAGUGUUGGGUAAGCACAUCUUUCUUGAUUGUGAUAUGUUUGAUGCCUUGUUUGACUGUGACUACUCUGGGUACUCUGGUCUUUUUAGAAACUCGUGGCCUGAAAAUUUUGAAUUUCCUAUGAACAAGCCAUAGGGAUGAUUGCAGAACCCUUUUCUGAGACUCUUCCAAACCAACUUACCCUUAACGAAUCUUGUUUCACAACUAGGGUCCUUGCUCACAUUCUCCCCACCACAAUUUCUCCCAGAACUGAAUCUGUCUCUACCCUUACUCAGCAUGACACUCUCAUCACUUACUGCCUUGUCACUAAAAUGAAACUCAAGCUUUCCUCUUUAAUCAUAAAUUGUAUGAUUGAGGUUUCUCCAGACUCCUCUUAUCUUCCUUAUGGCAUGUUGUUAACUACACUUCUUGAGGCUAGUGAGAUCAAACUUGCCAAAUUUCCUAGUGUCCCUAUUACCAAGUGCUACAAUUCUAGAGCUAUCAAAAGUAUGGGUUAUGUGCUUGAAGGAGACUCUUGGGUUAAGAAAGAUAUUGAAGUUCCUGUGCCUCCUCCCUCAUCCGACAUAAAAGCAUCUGCUUCUCUUGAACCUCUACCUUCUGACGGUGAUCUUCCUACCAGGCUUACUGCUUUGGAUGCAAAGAUAGAUGGUCUGAAGGAAUUGGUGUUGUCUCAAUAUUUACAACUUGAUAAAAUCAAGUAUAUUACUAAAGAGACAGGGUCAGACAUUGCUAAUCUUAGGAUGUUGUCGGAACAAACUAUAAGGGAUGCGCUCAAAACACUGAAGAAUAUCUUCUUUGGAGUGGACUAUGUUGUCCCCAUUACUGCUAAGUUUGUCAUAAUGUAGGAGGCCCUUCUUGAAAAAUUGGGCAUGUGAAUACUGCUAUAGUUCAGACUCAGACUUACUUUUUAAACCCCUAGAUGUUGAGUUGUGUUGCUAUGUUUAAACAGUAUUUUGAUUGAUGGUUGUUGUUUUGCUACUUUGUUUGCAUGUCACUAUGACAUGAUCUUUUGCAUAAUUUGGUUAAAUGUUAUCUUCGUUAGAAUUGUUAUGUGCUUGCUAUGUAUUUUUUUGCUUGCUGCUCUGUGUUUGUUGUGCUUCUUUUCUUUAGAAACCUUCUCUCAAACUAAAGUUUAAGUCUAUUUCCUCUAAUUUAUUUGAUUUAAGGUUGGGCUUGGGCCCAAAAGGCUUUCAAAAAACCUUAAAUCUUUGAUGGUUUUGAAAUCCCUUUUUAUAACACUUGCUACAUUUUUUGAAAUUAGUUUUUAUCUCUUUAAAUCCAAAGUCAUCUCAAAACCAUUUCAUCUUAAAACUAGUCCAAAACAAUUUCUGUUUUUAACUUCAAAAUCAGUAUCCCCAUAUUGAUUUCCUCUCAAAAAUUAUAUACAUGCAUAUACUCCGCAUACCGUUUCAGUUUUAAAAGAGAUUAUCAAGUUUGAAAAAUCAUUUUCCGUGUUUCAUGUAUCAUUUAUCCUUCGUUGAGUCUAAUUUGAAAAUCAUUUGAUGGUUUCCUAUCCAUUCUAAGCGAUACAUAUAUCUAA